UGUCAUUGUCAUUUACACGUUUUGAUUUGGUUUAGGAUUGUUUGGUUAUAAUUUGUGAAUGUAGAUAAAAUGAAGUUAAAGCAAAAGAAAACGACAAAGACCACGUUAUCAGAAAAAAUUGCAGAUGCACUCACUGUAAAGCCACGUGCUGAUAUCGAAGACGAUAAUGUUUUCGGCACAAAACCAAAGACACUUUCACGUGCAGAAUUCAGUUCUUCGGAUAGCGAAGAUGAUACGUUAAUUAGUGAUUUUAGAAAGAGGAAUGUUAAUUUGUUAAGUGAAAUCAGUAAAAAAUAUGAAGGUAAAGUUGUUUCACGGAAGGAUCUUGAAAAAGAUAGUGAAAACGAUGGUUCUGAUGAUGCAGAUUCUGCAGCGUCGGACAACGCGGAUGAGAAGGAAGAAUCAAACAUUGACAGUGAAUCGGGAGAUGAGAGUGAUGAUUAUAGCAUAACUAAGAUACAACAGCAAAUAACUGGUACAGACGAUGAGUCUGAAGUAUCUGAAGGUGAUGAUGAUGAUGGAGAACAAGAUGAUGGUGGCAGUGAUGAUGACAAUGAAGGAUAUGAUAUAAGUGCUUUAGAUGAGCCUGUUAAAGAAAGUUUUGAGCAUAUGAAAAAAGAAAAUAUUUCUGAAGAAGCAAAGAAGGGUGCUUGUGUAAGAAAUCAAUUAUUGAUUUGGGAAGGCCUUUUAGAAAUGAGAAUACAUUUACAAAGGUGCAUGGGUACUGCUAACAAAAUGCCAUUUAAUGACACAUUUAAAGAAUUAAGAGAAAAUACAGAGUUCAUGGAGGAAAGUAAUAAGACUAUAAAUAAUGUUGCAACGGUUUUGGACAAAUUACUAACAAUUCAAAAUUUAUUGUUUAAAAAUUUUCCUGAGACUAAAUCAUUGUCAAACAAGAAGACAGGUGUUGAGGUAAAACAAAAGACGGAAGAAAGUGACGAAGAGAUCCCAAGUGAUACAGAUAAUGAAGAAAUACCAUCUGACACGGAUGAAGAACCGGAAAAAGCACCAGAGAAGGAAAAUAAAGAAGAUAAAAUUAAAACAAUAAAGAAACGUAAACUUGAAGACUACGAUAACGAACUUGAUACAUCACAUAAAGCUUUCAAAUCCUUUAGAGAUACUACAAUACAGAAAUGGAAUGAGAAAACACGUAUUGCAGCUAAUAUAAAAAAUGCACCAUCAAAUACAAUACUUCAACAAAUAAAUUACAUAUUAUCUGAUAGAAACAAACUCAUAAAACGUACACAAUUAAAACGAAACGAAUAUGAUAUAAUUGGUUAUAAAAAGAUGGAGGAAAAUGAAACAAAUGAUAAUCCUGUUAUAAAAGAUAGGAAAGACAAUGAUGAAUAUAUUCCAGAAAUAUUUGACGAUAGUGAUUUUUAUCAUCAAUUGUUACGGGAGUUAAUUGAAUGUAAAUCAGCUGAUAUAUCAGAUCCGGUACAACUGAGUCGACAGUGGAUAGCGUUGCAACAAAUGCGGAGUAAAAUGAAAAGAAAAGUCGACACUAAAGCAACUAAAGGUAGAAGAAUCAAAUAUGUAGUGCACAAUCAGUUAGUUAAUUACAUGGCUCCGGAGAAAUCUGUAUCUUGGACUGAUGAAAGCAAAAAUGAAUUGUACAGUUCUUUGUUUGGUAAAAUGUUUGAACACAACAAUAUAGGUUUGAAUGUUAAUAUAGAAAAUGGCAAAAUAAAAGAGUAAUUUG